CACACACACACACACACACACACACACACACACACACACACACACACACACACACACACACACACACACAGUCCUUUAAGCCUUGCAGAAGAAUCAUCUGUGAUUGAGCAGCUCUACGACACAGACGACAACAGGCUCUGUGAGGAGAAGAACAAUGUCAGGUCCAAGGCCCGUGGUGCUGAGCGGCCCCUCCGGCGCAGGGAAGAGCACUCUGAUGAAGAGGCUGAUGAAGGAUCACGAAGGCGUGUUUGGAUUCAGCGUGUCACACACGACAAGAAACCCACGACCAGGAGAGGAAGAUGGCAAAGGGCUGAACAAGCUCCCCAUGCUGCUGGGGGCUAUGUUACUGCCCGUAGCAGACAUCUUUUCCUCGGAAGACUUAGAAAUGUCAACCUCAUUUUCGAGUCCAAACGAAUCAGAAACCAAAGAGACAGAUUACCACUUCACAACGAGAGAGGCCAUGGAGGAGGGAAUCAGCAAUGGUGACUUCAUUGAGAAUGCACAGUUUUCCGGCAACAUGUAUGGAACAAGUACAGCAGCUGUAGAAGACGUGCUGGCCAGGAACCUAAUCUGCAUCCUUGAUGUGGACAUCCAGGGAGUGAACAGGAUUAAACAGACUGACCUGAACCCCAUCUACAUCUCCAUUCAGCCUCCUUCCAUGGAGAUCCUAGAAGAACGUCUGAGGGACCGGCAGACAGAAACAGAGGAGAGUUUACAGAAACGUCUGGAUGCGGCGCGCAUCGACAUGGAGCUCAGUAAGGAGCCAGGAGUGUUUGAUGUUGUUAUUAUCAAUGAUGACUUAGAGAGGGCCUACAAGGAGCUGAAAGAUAUCCUCAAUGAGGAAAUCCAAAAAGUUCAGGAGGCCAAAUAAGAAGGAAACGUUAUCCAUCACUUGUUAAUCUGGCCUGAGUGACCCCAUCUUCACUGAAACACCUGAAGAAAAGUUUGUCUUUCUUUGACAUUCUGCAUAAUAUUGUCAGAGAUGCUCAGAUGGAAAAGAGGGACUCUGAAUUGAUUAUUGUUUUUUCAGUUAAGAGAAUACGGUUUUGUGUUAGAUUUAGGGCAAUUAAUGGUUAAUAUUUAUAUCUAGGUAUGAAAAUCUUAACCUGUGUAUAAAAAAAUAAAUAAAAAAAGGAUUGAAGCGACCGCCAAAUCCAGUGUAACGUUGGGACUCUAUAGGACCCAGUUUGACACUGGACUAUCCAGGAGGGUGUUGUACGCGUCACUAUCACUGGACACUACCAACUGCACACACUGCAAAAAAAAAAGUUCCGAAAAUAGUUGUGUUCUGUUGAAUUCUAAUAUAGUGGAAACUCAUAUUUAAAUGUAAAAUCUAAAUGAUUGCUGAUUUAUAUUGAGGGAAAUAUGAAAUAAAAUCAUUGUGCAUAUUACAUUCAAAAUAUGAGUGUGUAUGUUUGUGUGUGAGGCCGAAUAAAGUGUGAGGACAACGAUUGAUCA